AUGUCUCAAGAAAUCACCGGUGCAGAGAAGCGCCGCAUGCUAGUGGUUGGAUCAGGUGGUGUGGGAACCAUGGUCUCCGUUGCACUUGAACGAUCAAGUAUGGCAUCAGUCACUGCUGUGCUCAGGUCCAACUACCAGAAAGUCAUUCAAGAUGGCUUCGAUAUUCAGUCUAUCGAUCACGGAAAACUAACCAACUGGAGACCGAGUGCAGUUGUCAACUCGAUUCCCAUGGCCGAUCCAAACAAACCAUUUGACUACUUAAUCAUCACCAUGAAGAACAUACCGGAAGUGAAUAAUAUUCCCAAGAUCAUAGCGCCAGCUGUCACGCCGGAUCACACGACAAUCGUCCUGUUCCAGAAUGGCAUGUAUAUUGAGCCACCCAUCAUCGAGGCAUUCCCAUCAAACGUCGUGUUAUCAGCGCCCAGCUAUAUUGGCGCGCAUGAGGAUAAUGGGCAUGUGAUCCACGACGAUCACGACACUUUCCACAUAGGCGUCUUCCACAACAAAUCACUGGAUAAAACAUUCGAGCGAGCAAAACUCGAAGAGUUUGCAAACAUCUACAAUGGAAGCAAAGUUGUGGAUGCAAACAUUGUGGACGACAUUGUGUUCUAUCGCUGGCGGAAGCUGCUCUGGAAUGGGAUCUUCAAUCCCAUGUGCGCUAUCACCCAGCUUGACAGUGCUGCUAUCCGAACCUUCGGGGGUGAGCAUAGCUUGAUUAGACCCGGCAUGGCGGAAAUGGCCUCGAUUGCUCAGGCCGAUGGUUAUGAUCUUGGACCGAAUAUUGUGGAUGAGGUUAUAAAUAACCCUCCUCUCGAGCUAUCCUUCCGUCCCAGCAUGCUUGUUGAUGUCGAUAAAGGAAAUCCUAUCGAAGUGGAGGUUAUCCUGGGAAACGCGCUGCGUGUUGCGAGGGAGAAGGGCGUCCAAACACCACUUUUGGAUACCACGUACCGGUUCCUGAAGCUCACUCAGGCGCGGUUGUUGGCUGCAAGGGGGUUAAUCGUCGAGCCGAAAGAACUGCCCACGGCUGAUUUGAUCUAA